AUGAGCGUUGCAACGCCUCGGUCAUUCAACCCGGCAUUCAGGGCCGCAUUUGAAAGCAAAAUCUCCUCCCUUUACGGCAAGAAACAUCUAAGCAACCCCACAGAAUGCCAACGGAUCAUCGACAAACUUGAUCUCCGGACAAAAUACAACUGUUCCAAGCUUGACAUCAUAGACGUCAACCUGGGAGCAGGACUCUUUUCAGUGAUGCUCAACUACGAACUCAAGCCCCGAAACCAUAUACUCAUCGAGCACAACCCGCACUUCCACGCCCACUUGGCGCAGAAGCUCGAAAUGGCCCGCGAAAUAUCGAACAACGCGGAAAAUUUCCAAUUGUUAAACUGGAACCCUUUUCGAUGGUCGACGUAUCUGAGUUUAUUUGAAGAGAAGAUCCUCCCUUGGCCCAGCGAGCAGCCGCAGGACAAGAUCCACGACGAGCUUCUCAUUGUGGCGAACUGGACCGGGCCCCGAGACGAAUCGCUCAUUGCCCAAUGGAUAAGCUGCUGCGGCGCGCGGAACUGGUUGAUGAAGUACGGCAAGAUCCGCAUGGUUCUAUUUGGACCGCCUGCGUCGAUUAGAAAGUUCAUGAGCGAUCCCGGAUUCCGCAGACGAAACCGGACGGCGUUAAAGCGCGAGCUCUUCACUGAGUCCAAGCUCAUCGCGAUAGAACCGGGUGAGAAUGAAGCUGGUAAGGAUUACGACCCACGUGUCUUGGUGAGGGAUCAACCGUUGGUAUUGGCCAAGGACGCCUGCGUCAAGGACCGCGAAUUGACGGUGUUGGAAGUGGUGCGUGGCCAAUACACAACUGAAGACAUCGCCAAUAUUGAACACCUCCUCCUGCCGAUUUUCCUCAAUACGGUUCCGUUGAAACAUAAAUUGCACAAGUUGGCACCUGGGGCUGAGUACUUGGCGCGUUUCCUUCCCGAGAGUUUGUUGGAGAAAAACUCCAAGUGGCUCACUAAAGAGGACGUGGUGAGCAUAGCUGAGGCGUACGAGAAAUGGCCCUUCAAGCCGACCAUCGAAGAGACUUUUGAUAUCACCGAAGUUUCGCAGUAUGGGCAUUGA